AUGCCAGAUCCACCCGAGUCCGGCGGUGCCCCCAACGCGGGUGCCGCGCCGGGCCCGGGCACAGCGCUGGCCACACCGGGCUCGAUACAGUCGCCGAUGGCGGAGCCGGUAAAGGUGGAGGCGCUCCUGGCUGGCCACGCUGCAGCUGCUGGGCAUGCGGUGACCUACACCACCACCACAACCACCACCACUGCGGUGACCAUCAAUGGGGCUGCUCCCGGUGGCUUUGCUCCGUCGCCCGUUGGUCCUCCCAUUGAGUACGCGCCGCAGGUGACCACACAGCAGAGUCCUCCAAAUCCCAGCGGAGCUCCGCCUGGCAACGGCGCGGCACCUCCGCCCAACCGGAGCGAGAAAGCAUUGCCGCCUCCAGAGCCAACGGACGAGGAUAAGAAAGCCAUGGUGGCUGCGAGGCAACUCAACACCGGGAUCCCUCGUGCGGGACCGCUACCACUGCAGUGGAGCAGCACCUCUGCGCGUGAUGUGCGCGUGCGGGGCUCCUGGGAUGGCUGGAAGCGCGACGUUGCCCUGGAGCCUUCCCCUGGCAUUGGCUACCGGAUCAUGUUGUUGCUGCCUGCCGGGGAGUACGAGUUCAAAUUUAUUGUAGAUGGCACCUGGACCACAUCUGAUGAGAUCGAACAGACCAAGUGUAACAACAGGAACAACGUGGCCACUGUGAAUGAGAUGGUCUUGGUUCCAGUGCCGCUGACGAAGGUGGAUGCUCAGGCUGCUGGAAAGUUGGAAGCCAUUGAGGCUGGAGCCUUGGCCAUUGAAGCCUGAACGCCAAAGAGUCGCGGAAUCCUGGCCGCGAUCCCAUUUCGGAACUCCUGGAGCCGUGUCAGUGCGUUCGCGUGAUGCGACAGAUUUUCCAACUGACGCACUGCACCUGCAUGGGUUGUUGUUGAGCAUGGCAUUUGUUUGGAGGUGCAGUUGGGG